AGAGAAGAGGAGAGGAGGGGUUACAAACCCAGUCCCGCGGAACAUCCUGCGAACACAUCUGAGGCUGGGAACUAAGCUCUGUGCAGUUUCCCCUCACUGCAAACAGCGGCACAACACCGCAACACGCGUUGUCUUCGCCGGGAUGUCUCGCUUUUCGACCAGAGAAAAAGUCCCAGCACUUUAGAUGAACUCGUCCAGUUGUUGUGUGUAGUUCACCCUGUGGGUUGCUUCCCCCCCCCUGUCGAACUUAUGUGUUCAUGUUUUGGACACGCGGCGGUGGGACAUCCGGAAUGGAGAAUCCGUAGGAGGAGACCAUAGACUGUAAAUAUUACGAGGAGGAGGAGACGUUGCUGUUGGUAAAUAGACGCGCGCUCGCUGGCGUGCACACGCAGUCUACACGCACGAGAUGGACUUUAAAAUGACAAAAUUUGGAAGGUUCAUGAACUCGAGGGUCCCGGCCAGUAAAAGAUACCAGCCCACUGACUACGAACAUGCUGCCAACUGUGCCACACAUGGGUUGUGGAUCCUCCCCAGUCUUGUGGGGGGGUCUGUGCUCUACUUCCUGUCUGUGGACCAAUGGCAUUGUGUUGCUGCCUGGCUCUACGGGAGCGGUCUCACUGGCCUGUUUGUCACCUCAACUCUCUUCCACACCGCUGCCUGGAAAAUCAGCCACCUCCGGAAGGUGGAGCAGCGUUUCCACAUGUGCGACAGGAUGGCCAUCUACUUCUUCAUAGCUGCCUCCUACUCGCCCUGGUUAAUGCUGAGGGAGCUGGGACCCUGGGCGUGCCACAUGCGUUGGCUGAUAUGGGUCAUGGCUUGUGUUGGAUCCAUGUAUGUCUUCCUUUUCCACGAGAGGUACAAGCUGGUCGAGCUGUUUGGAUAUGUGGCCAUGGGGGCUGUUCCUGCUUUGGUCAUCCUGUCUAUGGUGGAGCGAGCAGGCGUGUGUGAGCUAGCAGUGGGAGGAGUCUUCUAUGUGGUGGGUGUGGUCUUCUUUAAGAGCGAUGGCCUCGUCCCUUUCGCCCACGCCAUCUGGCAUCUUUUUGUCGCAGCAGGAGCGUGCAUCCAUUACUACGCCAUCUGGAGGUACCUGUACUUACCCGGGCCACUGCUGCAGACAUCAAGGUGACUAGCGGCACUACAACUCGCCGACUUAUGAGGCUACACCUCAAGAGAUGCUGCUGAGAUGAUCCAACAGGUUGGAUUAAUCUCCCACCGGUGGGACCAAACAAUCUUGGUGAUAAACUAAGAAUCAUUUCAACAUUUUAAAAGUGAAAUAGGAAGCAGCCCUGGAUAUAUUAUAACAAGUAAUCGCUAAAUGGGUGAUUUAUUUUGCAAAGAGGGCAACAAAGAAAGUGCAAGAAAUUUUAGACGACUGAUGUUUGAUUCAAAAACAUUUUGGGAAAAUUACAUUAUUCGCUUUCUUGCCAAGAGCGUCAUAAGAACAUUGACCGUGAAUGGAGUUGGAGACAGGGAUGAGAGGGUGGGGGUUGGGGAUGACAGGCGGCUAAUCACCGUCGGAUGGGAAUUGAACCAAGGGCCGUCCCAAGUUUAAGGGCUACAGCCUCAAGUGAAGUGUGAUUUAACCACUGUGUAAAGCCCCAGAAACUUGACACCACUUACAUGUAAAAAAUCACCCUGUUAGCUUAGCUUAGCUUAGCACAGAGAAUGAAAAUAGUUGAAAACAACUAGGCUGGCUCAAAGUAAUAGACACACUGUAUCUCAUUUAUGCAGAAAAAAUGAAACGUGAAUGAUAAGUUGGUGGAUGAUGUAUGAUUUUAUUUAUUCUCGGAGAUAAUUUUUUGACUUUUAUGUGAUCAUUAAAAAAAGGAGGGUCGGGAAAAAAAUCGAAAAGGUAAACAGACUGGGUGAAUAGAAUUUGAAUAGCGCUGAUGCUAUAAUGACUCAGCCAGUUGCAUAUGUGCCACCAGGUGAGCUACCAGGGCACCCUUACAGGACUGUUUGAUUGGCCAGUGACUUCCAGGAGUCUUGCCUUCACUGUGAAUGGAGACUGUGAAUUCAGUAAUUUAAUUUACCGCUGAACUUAACAGAAAGCUUCAUUUUUGUUGUUCAGGCAGCGGAGAAGUAGGAGUAGAAGUUCUGUCAUUAAACUCUUGGCAAGAAAGCAAAUGAUCGUAUAAAACGUGACACUGUUUCUUUAAAUACAAAUCUCUGUGACUGACCCGACAACAUACAGUUUGUCACUAAACCUCCUCAACUAUUCACUUCAGCCUUUUCAAAUAUUCCAUCCGUAAAUGUGCCAAAACUUACUUCACUGACAUUCCAACUUAUCGGUGCUAACCUCUCUUGAAAGAGCAACGUUUAACUUGCUCUCAUUUCAUUUCAGUUUUGUCCGUUUUUUUGCACAGAAACAAAACGUAAAAAUGUAGAGUUGGCACCACAGUCGACAAACGAUAUAUUUGAUAUUCCUCGGAAUGCUUUGUUUUUAAACUCUCAGUGAAUGAUAUCUUUCUCCUCACUGCUUUCAUAAACAAACAUGUGCAGGAUAAACACUGUCUGAGGAGGCAAGCUUUGAAUUAAAAUUCAAACUAGUUAGCCCUCUUCUGGUCCAGAUAAGUGUCUUGACUGUUAAGUAAAAGAGGCCUCUGUAGAAAUGGCCUGAUUGUCAUUCUGUCCAAUCUUCACAAAUUAGCACUCAAAUAAACUCUCUGAUUGAACUCUUACGUAAGAACACCUGAGCUAAUGUUACAGUAACUAAUUAGUCUGGGUCUGAUUUUACAAUGCAGAUAAUUUCUUGUUUAAAGGUCUUUCUUGUGUUCCGGGUUGUUUUGUUAAAGUCUCCAACGCGGAGCAUCUUUUCCAUCAGCCGUGAUGUAUAGAGUUUCUGAAAAUCCGAAAAUGAAACAUUGAACACACAGGUGGUUUAUUACUGAUGAAAUAUGCAAAUUUGUACUUUUAUAGUUUUAAUUUGAAUACUCUGUAAAGCACUGUGUAGUUUAACUUUCAGGGUAUUAUCAAACAAUAAGUAGUUUGACCGUUUGUCUUUUUUAAUCUCAGAAAACAGAGCAAUUACUCAGGAAGUUAGUGUUGUCUUUAUUUUUUUAAUCAAAGGAUCUAUUUUGUCAAAUUUUAUUUUCAGUGCAUUAAAGAAGAGUCUAUAUUA